UCUUCAGGCGAAGAAACCAAAGUACAAACGGAUGAACUUCGACAUUCACCUUAACCCCGCGCAUCAAAAAUUCAGCCCGUCAUCUAGCUUUCUUUUCGUUGGCUUCUUUUAUUUUAUUAUUAAAUGAGAAAUGUGUGCUCAUUGUUAAAAAAACAAACAAACGCAAACGCUACAAAAAUUCGUAGAAUAAAAAGCGAAAAUUCCUUUCUACCGCUGCCUCCUUCGUAUGUUCCCACAAACCUCCCAGAGAUUAACAAAAUAUAUUGUGUUACUAUGUUUCACUAAAUUUUUGAAGGCUGUGGGACUUUUUGAAUCAUACGAUCUCCUAAAAGCAGUUCACAUUGUUCAGUUCAUUUUUAUAUUAAAACUUGGUACUGCAUUUUUUAUGGUUUUGUUUCAAAAGCCAUUUUCUUCUGGAAAAAGUAUUAGCAAACACCAGUGGAUCAAAAUAUUUAAACAUGCAGUUGCUGGGUGUAUCAUUUCACUCUUGUGGUUUUUUGGCCUCACUCUUUGUGGACCACUAAGGACUUUGCUGCUAUUUGAACACAGUGAUACUGUUGUCAUCUCACUACUCAGUGUUUUGUUCACUAGUUCUGGAGGAGGACCAGCAAAGACAAGAGGGGCUGCUUUUUUCAUUAUUGCUGUAAUCUGCCUAUUGCUUUUCGACAAUGAUGAUCUCAUGGCUAAAAUGGCUGAACACCCUGAAGGACAUCAUGACAGUGCUCUAACUCACAUGCUUUACACAGCCAUUGCCUUCUUAGGUGUGGCAGAUCACAAGGGUGGAGUAUUGUUGCUAGUACUGGCUUUGUGUUGUAAAGUUGGUUUUCAUACAGCUUCCAGAAAACUCUCUAUAGAUGUUGGUGGAGCCAAACGUCUUCAAGCUUUAUCCCAUCUUGUUUCUGUGCUUCUCUUGUGCCCAUGGGUCAUUGUUCUUUCUGUGACAACUGAGAGUAAAGUCGAGUCUUGGUUUUCUCUCAUAAUGCCUUUCACAACAGUUAUCUUUUUUGUCAUGAUCCUGGAUUUCUAUGUCGAUUCCAUUUGUUCAGUCAAAAUGGAAGUUUCCAAAUGUGCCCGCUAUGGAUCCUUUCCCAUUUUUAUUAGUGCUCUACUUUUUGGAAAUUUUUGGACACAUCCAAUAACAGACCAGCUUCGAGCUAUGAACAAAGCAGCACACCAGGAAAGCACUGAACAUGUCCUGUCUGGAGGAGUGGUAGUGAGCGCUAUAUUCUUCAUUUUGUCUGCCAACAUCUUAUCAUCUCCUUCCAAGAGAGGACAGAAAGGCACCCUAAUUGGAUAUUCUCCUGAAGGAACACCUCUUUAUAAUUUCAUGGGUGAUGCUUUCCAGCAUAGCUCCCAAUCGAUUCCCAGAUUUAUUAAGGAAUCACUAAAACAAAUUCUUGAGGAGAAUGACUCUAGGCAGAUCUUUUACUUCUUGUGUUUGAAUCUGCUUUUUACCUUUGUUGAGUUAUUCUAUGGCGUGUUGACCAAUAGUCUGGGUCUGAUCUCAGAUGGAUUUCAUAUGCUCUUUGACUGCUCUGCUUUGGUCAUGGGGCUUUUUGCGGCCCUGAUGAGUAGAUGGAAAGCAACUCGGAUUUUUUCCUAUGGGUAUGGCCGAAUAGAAAUUCUCUCUGGAUUUAUUAAUGGACUUUUUCUAAUGGUAAUAGCCUUUUUUGUGUUUAUGGAGUCAGUGGCUAGAUUAAUUGAUCCUCCGGAAUUAGACACACAUAUGUUAACACCAGUCUCAGUUGGAGGGCUGAUAGUAAACCUUAUUGGUAUCUGUGCCUUUAGCCAUGCCCAUAACCAUAACCAUGGAGCUUCUCAGGGAAGCUGUCAUUCAUCUGAUCACAGUCAUUCCCACCAUAUGCAUGGACACAGUGACCAUGGGCAUGGUCACAGCCACGGAUCUGCAGGCAGAGGCAUGAAUGCUAACAUGAGGGGUGUAUUUCUACAUGUUUUGGCAGACACACUUGGCAGUAUUGGUGUGAUUGUAUCCACAGUUCUUAUAGAGCAGUUUGGAUGGUUCAUUGCUGAUCCCCUGUGUUCUCUCUUUAUUGCUAUAUUAAUAUUUCUCAGUGUUGUUCCACUGAUUAAAGAUGCCUGUCAGGUUCUACUUUUGAGACUGCCACCAGAAUAUGAAAAAGAACUACAUCUUGCUUUAGAAAAGAUACAGAAAAUUGAAGGAUUAAUAUCAUACCGAGACCCUCAUUUUUGGCGUCAUUCAGCCAGUGUUGUGGCAGGAACAAUUCAUAUACAGGUGACAUCAGAUGUGCUGGAACAAAGAAUAGUACAGCAGGUUACAGGAAUACUUAAAGAUGCUGGAGUAAACAAUUUAACAAUUCAAGUGGAAAAAGAGGCAUACUUUCAACAUAUGUCCGGCCUAAGUACUGGAUUUCAUGAUGUUCUAGCUAUGACAAAACAAAUGGAGUCCAUGAAAUACUACAGAGAUGGUACUUACAUCAUGUGAGAUAACUCAAGAAUUACCUGUGGGAUAUGAACAAUGAAGAUUAAUUUACUCGGUAUUUAUAUUGCCAGAAGGAAGAAAAUUGCACAUAAUUGUACAGAAACAUUUGCUGUAUUCAAAAAAAAAUUCUAAAGCUCCCUGCUAUUGGAUCAAGGAAUCUUUCUUAAAGGAAAUUUAAAUACAGAAUGAAGCAUUAAUUGUACAAGUAAAAUAAUUACUUGAAUUAUGUGUAUAACAUGAAUCUUAAAAUUUGAGUGAACAUGAUGUAUCGCAUCAUCUUCAAAAAUGAACAUAUAAUGAUGGAUUCUAGUGAAGACCAAAAUUACUUGUGUGUUUACUUUCUGUCAGAAAGCAUCUCCAUUGUAAAUAAUGUAUUUACAUGUUUAUUACAAAGACCCAAAUGAAAAAUUUUUAGUCAAUUUUUUGCAUAGCCCUAGGAUAAAAUAGGAAUAAAAGUUCUAUAUUUAUGGAUUUUCUGUAUAUAAAACUGGUUUCUAAUUAUAACUUAAAUCCAUUAAGUAAAAGCUGUAUUGCCACUUUAAAUGUAAACUAAAUUAUUUGGGAGAAACCAACCACUGAAAUGAGACAAGCAGUGAGAAUAGGGAAGUAUAACAUUAUUGAUGUAUUACAAAAACCAACCACUCUGUAAAAUAAAUUUUUUUACUUUUGGUAAUAUU